AUGGCCAAGUUCCAGGAGGCAGUGACCUUCCAGGACGUGGCUGUGGUCUUCACGGAAGAGGAGCUGGGGCUGCUGGACCCGUCCCAGAGGAAGCUGUACCGAGACGUGAUGCUGGAGAACUUCCGGAACCUGGUCUCAGUGGGACACUGGAAUCAAAAUGAGAUAGAAACUCUUCAAGAAGUUGAAUUAAGGGACCUUUUUCAUGAAGACCUUGUAUGCUGGCCAAUGUGGGAACAAAUUAUGACUAAGUUAACCAGAAAUCAAGACUUGAUAAUAAAUCUACAAGGCAAGAAGUCUGAUUUGCCAAUCCAAGGCGAUUCCUUCUGCCAGUUGUGGGCAACAGAAUCUACUCAGGUUUCUGAAGAUGAGAACUAUGUAAUAAAGGUUCAAGGGGAAAUUCAAAGUGACAAUAGUUUAAAAAAUCAAGAGUUUCCAAGUAAGACCACCUGGGAUUUCUGGAAAGAGUCACAGAAUUAUCAGAGUAGGUGUCAGCAGUUUGAUGGGAAGUGUAAACUGUGUAAGUGUGAUGGUUGUGAUAUUAAAAGGACCUCUCAUGACCGUGAUGAUGAUCAAGAAGUACAUAAAGGUGAGAAGUCGUGUAGCCACAACAAUUGUGGGAAAUGUUUCAUGAAGACAUCAUUUCAGCAUAAUGGAAUCCAUGCAGGAGAGCAAAAUUCUCAUGAGAAUGGACAAGGCUUCAGUUUUGGCCCCAAUCUUGAACUUCAUCAGCAGUUACACCUAGGAGCAAAAUCUCAUAUGUGUAGUGAGUGUGGGGAUGGCAUCACUUAUAGCUCGCUGCUUUGCACUCAUCAAAGUGUUCUCACAGAAGAGAAAUUCAAUAGGAAUCGUGAGUGUGGUGAAGACUUCUGUCAAAGCUUACCUCUGCAAAUCCGUCAGAGAGUCAACACAGGAGAGAAACCCUAUAAAUGUGCUGUGUGUGGGAAAGGCUUCAGUCGGAGUUCACAUCUUAAAGUUCAUCACCGAGUCCACAUUAGAGAGAAACCCUACACAUGUGCUGUGUGUGAAAAGGGCUUUAGACUAAGUUCCCAGCUUCAUGCCCAUCAGCGAGUCCACACUGUAGAGAACCCAUACAAAUGUGAGGCAUGUGGUACAGGCUUCAUUCAUAGCUCACAUCUUCAAGAACAUCAACAAGUCCACACUGGAGACAAACCCUACAAAUGCUCUGUGUGUAGUAAGAGCUUCAGUCAGACCUCAAGUCUUCAAGCCCAUCAGCGAAUCCACACGGGAGAGAAACCCUACAAAUGUACUGUGUGUGGUAAGAGCUUUAGUCAGAAAUCACAUCUGCAAGUUCAUCAGCGAGUCCACACUGGAGAGAAACCCUACAGAUGUGCUGUGUGUGGGAAAGGCUUCAUGUGGAGCUCAUAUCUUCACGUUCAUGAGAGGAUCCACACAGAAGAGAAACCUUACAAAUGUGGGGUGUGUGGGAAGAGCUUCAAUCAGAGUUCACAUCUUCAAGCCCAUCAGCGAAUCCACACUGGAGAGAAGCCCUACCAAUGUGCUGUGUGUGGUAAGAGCUUCAGUCGGAGUUCGCAUCUUCAAGGCCAUCAGCGAUUCCACACAGGAGAGAAACCCUACAGUUGUGCUGUGUGUGGGAAGAGCUUCAGUCAGACCUCAAGUCUUCAAUACCAUCAACGUGUCCACACUGGCGAGAAACCCUACAAAUGUGAACAGUGUGGUAAAGGCUUCAUGGUGACCUCAAGUCUUCAUGUUCAUCAGAGGAUCCACACAGGAGAGAAACCCUACAAAUGUAGCGUGUGUGGGAAGAGCUUUAGUCAAACCUCAAGUCUCCAGACUCAUCAGCGAGUCCACACAGGAGAGAAACCCUACAAAUGUGCUAUGUGUGUAAAGAGCUUCAGUCGGAGUUCAUAUCUUCAAUCCCAUCAGCGAGUCCACACUGGAGAGAAACACUACAAAUGUACUGUGUGUGGUAAGAGCUUCAGCCAUACCUCAAGUCUUCAAGACCAUCAGCGAAUCCACACUGUCGAGAAUCCCUACAAAUGUUAG